AAAAGCGGUGCAAUGAUAACUCGGGUUACCCCGUUUGUCAUCAAGAACCAUUUUGAAGCGAGUAAAACAACCCAAUAAAGGCUAACCUUUCUAGAUCUCUCAGAGAAACUCUGUUAGCUUUCGAUUGUAAUGGAAGCUAUCAAAAUCAGUUCUUCGUGAUUGCACGCACGCACGCACAAACACACACACAGAUCAGAAUACGCGAACAAAGCAUAAACUUGUUACAGAUCUGCGAUCAUCAAUGGAGACAUCUCAAGGUGGAUCGGAGAGAGAGAAGUCGAACUCAUCGUCCUCGACACCUGUCUCAGUCGUUUCAAAUUUCUGGAAAGAUUUUGAUUUGGAGAAGGAGAGAAGUGUGUUGGAUGAACAAGGGCUCAGGAUAGCAGAAAAUCAAGAAAACAGCCAGAAAAACCGGAGGAAGCUUGCAGAGAGCACCAGAGAUUUCAAGAAAGCUUCGGCAGAAGAAAAGUUAAAUUUGUUUGGUCCUUUACUUAAGGGUUACCAAGAAGAGGUUGAUAAACUGACCAAGAGAGCGAAAUUCGGAGAAAAUGCUUUUCUUAACAUUUACCAGAAACUUUAUGAGGCUCCUGAUCCUUAUCCAGUUCUUGCUUCAAUUGCUGAUAAAGAUUUGAAAUUGUCUGAAUUAGAGUCUGAGAAUCGGAAGAUGAAGGUUGAACUUGAGGAAUUCAGAACAGAGGCAACCCAUUUGAAAAAUCAACAAGCAACCAUAAGAAGACUUGAAGAGCGCACUCGCCAGCUAGAACAACAGAUGGAGGAAAAAGUGAAGGAAGUUGUGGAGAUUAAACAAAGGAGUUUGGCAGAAGAGAACCAGAAGACAUUAGAAGUCUUAAAAGAAAGGGAACAAUUGUUGCAGGAUCAAUUACGAACAGCUAAAGAAAGUGUUUCCAACAUGCAAAAAUUACAUGAACUUGCGCAGAGCAAGUUAUUUGAAUUUCGUGCUCAAUCAGAGGAAGAGAGAGCAGCAAAACAAUCGGAGGUCAAUCUGUUAAUGGAUGAAGUUGAACGGGCCCAAACUAGACUUGUUAGUCUCGAGAGAGAGAAGGGACUUCUACGUUCUCAGUUACAAUCAGCAAAUGAAGAUAAUGGAAAUAAGAAAAGCGAUAAUUUGGAUUCAAAUAGCAUCCUGGAGAAUUCUUUAAGUGCCAAGGAAAAGAUAAUCUCCGAACUAAACAUGGAACUUCACAAUAUUGAAACCACCUUAUCAAAUGAACGAGAACAGCAUGUGAAUGAAAUCAAGAAGUUGAAUCUGAUGCUCAUUGAAAAGGAUGUUGCUCUUGAGGAGAUCAAGAAAGAGCUUCAGACAAGGCCAACAACAAAAUUAGUUGAUGAUUUGAGGAAAAAAGUUAAAAUUCUGCAGGCAGUGGGUUAUAAUUCUAUUGAGGCUGAAGAUUGGGAAGUGGCUACUAGUGGGGAGGAGAUGAGCAGACUGGAGUCUCUACUUCUUGAUAAGAACCGGAAAAUGGAACAUGAGCUCACACAGUUGAAGGUCAGAAUUUCUGAAAAAACUUCUUUGUUGGAAACAGCAGAGGGCAAGAUAGCAGAACUUACGGCAAAGGUUAACGAACAACAGACAUUAAUACAAAAGCUAGAAGAUGAUAUACUAAAGGGUUACAGUUCUAAAGAUCGAAAAGUAAAUCUAUUUGAUGAUUGGGAUCUUCAGGAGUCGGGGGCAACAGAUACAUCUGAGAAUGCAGAUCAAAAACAUACUUCCUCAGACCAAGAUCAAAGUUCAAUGCUUAAGGUGAUCUGCAACCAGAGAGAUCGGUUCAGGACACGCUUGCGAGAGGCAGAAGAGGAGAUAAGGCAAUUGAAGGAGAAUAUAGGCCUGCUUACAGCAGAACUGGAUAAAACAAAAGCUGAUAAUGUCAAUCUUUAUGGGAAGAUUCGUUAUGUUCAAGAUUACAGUCUUGAGAAAUUAGUUUCUAGAGGAUCAAAGAAGCACGCAGAAGAUCUAGAAAGUGGUUUCAGUUCAGAUGUGGAAUCCAAAUAUAAGAAGAUAUAUGAGGAUGACAUAAAUCCUUUUGCUGCAUUCUCAAAAAAGGAAAGGGAUCAAAGGUACAAGGAUUUAGGUUUGAGGGAUAAAAUUACACUCAGCAGUGGACGCUUUCUUCUUGGCAACAAAUAUGCUCGAACUUUUGCAUUCUUCUACACAAUUGGGUUGCAUAUUCUGGUGUUCACCUGUCUUUACAAGAUGUCAUCUCUGAGUUAUCUCAGCAAUGGACCCGACGAAUCCCUAACUGGAGAUAAAAUCCUAAAUCUCCCACAUGCACUAUAAUCUUCAUGGUAACUUUGUUUUUCCUCUGCUAAUCAGAGAUGGAAAGCUUGGAACUAUUCACAAAAGUUUCUAUACAAUGUAUAUAUAACAAAAACGAUAUCAUUUUCUUAUUGACUUUCUUGCAAAGCUUGUAGUGCAAAGAGAGACAUUUUCCUUGGUUCAUCAAUAGUUUAUUGGAUUGGAGUUUACUGACUACAUGAAAUAGUUUUAUCAAGUCUGAGAGGCCAACACUUGGGCAUUUGUGA